ACUGAUUUGGAAAGGAAUACAGGAAACGGGUUGGUCGGGAAUCAUUGCCCCGGCAGGGCGCACAGGUCCUUUGCGGACUCCGGCCCGGUGAGGAACUCAGUCCGACAGGAACACGGGUCCCACAGGACUCACUGGCCGGGCCGGAAGCACCAGUCAGGGCCUGCACCGUGGAGGAGAUGGCCUCGUCCACUGUGGAGAAUUUCGUGGCCCAGCAGCUAGAGCUGCUGGAGCUGGAGCGGGGCGCCGAGGUAGAGGAACGCAGGUCCUGGCAGGAGCACAUGUCUCUGAAAGAGCUCCAGAGCCGAGGGGUGUGUUUGCUGAAGCUUCAGGUAUCCAGCCAGCGCACGGGGCUGUAUGGGCAACGGCUGGUCACCUUUGGGCCCAGGAAAUUUGGGCCUGCAGUGGUGCUUCCCAGUAACAGCUUUACUUCUGGUGAUAUUGUGGGUCUGGAUGAUGCUAAUGAGAGCAGUCAGCUAGCCACUGGGGUCCUGACCCACAUCACUCAAAAAUCAGUCACAGUGGCCUUUGAUGAGCCCCAUGAUUUCCAGCUGCACCUGGACCGAGAGAAUACCUACAGACUGCUGAAGCUCGCCAAUGACGUCACCUACAAGCGACUGAAAAAAGCACUGAUGACACUGAAGAAGUACCACUCGGGGCCAGCAUCCUCGCUCAUAGACGUCCUGUUGGGUGACUCCACCCCCAGUCCUGCCACUGAAAUACCCCCACUCACUUUUUACAACACGACCCUGGACCCUUCCCAGAAAGAAGCUGUGUCAUUUGCGCUGGCCCAGAAAGAACUUGCCAUCAUCCACGGGCCUCCUGGCACUGGGAAGACUACAACCGUGGUGGAAAUAAUCCUCCAAGCUGUGAAGCAAGGCUUAAAGGUUUUAUGCUGUGCUCCCUCCAACAUCGCUGUGGACAACUUGGUGGAGCGCCUGGCUCUAUGCAAGAAGCGAAUUCUACGCCUGGGGCACCCUGCCCGCCUCCUGGAGUCGGUCCAGCAGCACUCACUGGAUGCAGUGCUAGCACGAAGUGACAAUGCCCAGAUUGUCGCUGACAUUAGAAGGGACAUCGACCAGGCCUUUGGGAAGAACAAAAAAACCCAGGAUAAGAGAGAGAAAAGUAAUGUUCGAAAUGAAAUCAAGCUGCUAAGGAAGGAACUGAAGGAGAGGGAAGAAGCAGCCAUAGUGCAGAGCCUCACUGCAGCAGAUGUGGUCCUCGCCACCAACACAGGUGCAUCUUCUGAUGGCCCUCUGAAGCUGCUACCUGAGGACUACUUUGAUGUGGUGGUGGUGGACGAGUGCGCCCAGGCCCUGGAAGCCAGCUGCUGGAUCCCUUUGCUGAGUGGUCCCAAGUGCAUCCUAGCUGGAGACCACAAACAGCUGCCACCUACCACUGUCUCUCACAAGGCAGCACUAGCUGGGCUCUCCCGCAGCCUGAUGGAGCGUCUGGCAGAGAAACAUGGCACUGGCGUGUUAAGGAUGCUGACGGUACAGUACCGAAUGCACCAGGCCAUCACACGCUGGGCCUCGGAGGCCAUGUACCAUGGGCAGCUUACUGCUCAUCCCUCUGUGGCGGGACACCUCCUGAAGGACCUCCCUGGUGUGGCUGACAUGGAGGAGACGAGCAUCCCCUUGCUGCUCAUUGACACCGCUGGCUGUGGGCUGCUGGAGCUGGAGGAGGAGGACAACCAGUCCAAGGGAAACCCCGGCGAAGUCCGCCUCGUCACUCUGCAUGUCCAGGCUCUGGUGGAUGCAGGGGUCCAAGCAGGUGACAUUGCCGUCAUUGCACCCUACAACCUUCAGGUGGAUCUGCUCAGACAGAGCCUCUCCAGCAAGCACCCUGAGCUGGAGAUUAAGUCGGUUGAUGGCUUCCAGGGCCGAGAGAAAGAGGCUGUGAUCCUGACCUUUGUCAGGUCCAACCGGAAAGGUGAGGUUGGUUUUCUGGCUGAGGACAGGCGGAUCAAUGUUGCUGUUACCCGGGCUCGGCGCCAUGUGGCAGUCAUCUGUGAUUCCCGAACUGUCAACAACCAUGCCUUUUUGAAGACUCUGGUGGAUUAUUUCACAGAGCAUGGGGAGGUCCGCACAGCCUUUGAGUACCUGGAUGACAUCGUCCCUGAGAACUAUGCCCAUGAGGGCUCCCAGGGCCACAGCCGGGCCCCCAAGCCCAAGGGCCCUGCCACCUUUAUCCGGAAGCCUGCCAGUGAGCAGGGGAGUAGCCAAGAGGCCAGAGCAGCCACUGGACAGGGACACAGGAAGCCAAGCGAGAAGCCCCCGAGCUCUCGAGUUCACUCCCAGCCGCGCUCCAAUGCAAGCGGCUCUGACAGAGCUGGAGGCCCAGACCGCACAGAGCACUUUAGGGCUAUGAUCGAGGAGUUUUUGGCCAGCAAGGAGGCACAGUUGGAGUUUCCCACAUCCCUGAGCUCCCACGACAGGCUGCGAGUCCACCAGUUAGCUGAGGAGUUUGGACUGAAGCAUGACAGCACCGGGGAGGGGAAGAGCCGGCACAUCACAGUGAGCCGGAGGAGCCCUGCUGGUUCUGGUGGUGUAGCCCCCCCACCUCCCUCACCCCCGAGCCCCACACAGGCUGAACCCAAGCCGCAGGUGGGACAGCCCCUAGAGCAGCCACAAGGAUCCAGCACACAACUGGAUCUAAAGACACUGCACCUGGAGAGGCUGCAGCGACAGCAAGGCAGCCACACCCAGCCAGCCAAGGGUCAGCCAGGCGUGGGUUCAAGGCCACAGAAGGCUCCACAGAAGAAAAAGAAAAAAGAAACCAAAGGUCCAGCCACGGCUCUGCCCAGCGAGGAGGACUUCGAUGCCCUGGUGUCAGCUGUGGUUAAGGCUGACAAUACCUGUAGCUUCUCCAAGUGCUCAGCCAGCACCACCACUCUGGGACAGUUCUGCAUGCAUUGUGGCCACCGCUACUGCCUCAGCCACCACCUGCCUGAGGUCCACGGCUGUGGUGAAAAGGCUCGUGCCCACGCCAGGCAGAGGAUAAGCCGGGAAGGAGUGCUCUACCCAGGCAGUGGGACCAAGGACAGGGCCCUGGACCCGGCCAAGAGGGCCCAGCUGCAGAGGAGGCUGGACAAGAAGCUGGGCGAGCUCAGCAGCCAGAGGACAAGCAAGAGGAAGGAGAAGGAGAGGGGGACGUGAGGCCCUGUCCUCACGCAGGGCUGCCUGGGGCAGGGCCAGCAGGCGGGAACACAGUCCUACACUGGCCAUUUCUCUCUUCACCUGGUGUGCCCCUACACUUCCUGUGGC